AUGGAGUCGAACAGGGACGAGGCGGAGCGGUGCAUCGGCAUCGCGCUGGCCGCCGCCAAGGCGGGCCAGCCCGAGCGGGCGCGCCGCUUCCUGGAGAAGGCGCAGCGCCUGUACCCCUCGCAGCGGGUCCGCGUUCUGCUGGAGUCGCUUGACAAAAAUGAGCAGCCACCCAAGGGGCAGCCCCCGUGCAGGGAGGCCCCAAACGCGGCGCACAAGCCGCCGAGCGGCGGCUUCGCGGCGGCCAACGGCGAGGCCGGCGGCGAGGCCCCCAAGGGCUACACGCAGGACCAGGUGGACGCGGUGAAGAGGGUCAAGCAGUGCAAAGAUUACUAUGAAAUCCUGGGGGUGAACAGGGAAGCUUCUGACGAGGACCUGAAAAAGGCCUACCGGAAACUCGCGCUGAAAUUUCACCCGGACAAGAACCACGCGCCGGGGGCUACGGAGGCCUUCAAAGCCAUAGGUACCGCGUACGCCGUGCUGAGCAACGCCGAGAAGAGGAAGCAGUACGACCAGUUCGGCGACGAGAAGCUCCACGCGGCGCCGUCCGGCCACGGCCCCGCCGACUUCCACCGCGGCUUUGAGGCGGACAUCUCCCCCGAGGACCUCUUCAACAUGUUCUUCGGCGGUGGCUUCCCCUCCAGUAACGUGCACGUAUACAGCAACGGCAGGAUGCGCUACACCUACCACCAGAGGCAAGACAGACGAGAACACCAGGGGGAUGGCGGCCUCGGCUUGUUUGUGCAGCUGAUGCCCAUCCUCAUCCUCAUCAUCGUGUCUGCUCUCAGCCAGAUGAUGGUCUCCAGCCCACCCUACAGCCUGAGCCACAGGCCGUCGGUGAGCCACACGCAGCGGCGGGUCACGGAGCACCUCAAGGUCGUCUACUACGUGUCGGAGAGCUUUGCCGAGGAGUACACGGGCGCCAGCCUCAAGAGCGUCGAGAGGAGCGUGGAGGACGACUACAUCGCCAACCUGCGCAACAGCUGCUGGAAGGAGAAGCAGCAGAAGGAGGGCCUCUUGUACCGGGCGCGCUACUUCGGCGACUCGGACCUGUACCAGCGGGCGCAGCGCAUGGGCACCCCCAGCUGCAGCCGCCUGGCCGACGUGCAGGCCUCGCUGCACGCGUAGGGCGGCCGGCCCGCUCGGCAGGGCUCCACGGAGGCGCCGCCCGGGCCCGCCGCCGCUUUCCGUCCUUACUUAAACCUCUGUCUGAGACGCGAGUCCUCGUGAGUGUCCUCGGGCCGCACGCACGCCUGGGGCGGGGGACGCGCCGGCCCCGCUCGCGCCCCCCGUGCCCCGGCUUUAAUUGGGGCGGUGAUUCCGUUCACUUUGCAUGUCGGCACCCCUGGCUCUCUCCGGGCUCUUCCCUCUGGCCCGUUCAGCGCCGCGUCCCGAGGAGCGCCGCGGAAGCCUCGGCUGAGGCCUGGCCAGCUCCACACACGGGUGGUUUUGUGCCUUGGCUGCUUGGGAGUUUCCCAUGGUUUAUUUUUCUCCCCCUGCAAAGCCUUCGGCGGCCACCUUUUAAUGACCCCUUUCUGUUGCUUUAUUGUCUGUUUUACUGGAAAUCUGUUAUCCGGUGGCCCCCGGUGCGGUGACAGGGAACAGACUCAUGCGAAACAGACCGUCCCUGUCCCCCAGCCUGCGGCCUUCCCGGCACACUCCAGGGAAACCAAGCGAACGGCCGGAGCCGGGGCAGGAACUGCCUCUAUUGUAGUGAAAACAGCGGAGCCAAAGGCUGCCACCCUCACGACUGGAGAGCUAAGGCAAGUCGAGGGGCAGGUCCCAGGAGAUCUGCCUGAAAGUAACGCAGGAAUUUGGAGUCGGGAGCCCCGUUUCUGCUCCGUCGUUUGAGCUGCUUCUGCCAGGAUGGCUGUAAAACCUGCAGGCUGCCUCUGCCCACACGGCUGCUGGGAAGAGGGGCUUCAACCCAGAGCAAAGCUCGGACCCAGCCUUGGUUUUGUGGACACCUUUGAGGCCUCUGGAAUCUCCUCCAGGCCCGCAGCUACCCAGCGACGUGACCGCAGGCAUAAGCGAGAAGGUUUGGCCGUGGAAUUCUGGGUUGUUCCCGUUUUCCUUGGCAAACGGAGCCCAUCAGCCCCCGGAUGCGAUCCUGUGGCGCCUGCUCUGUCCGCCUUCUUUUUCGGGUGUAUCCUGCUGCUUAUCUUGAUCCACCCGCCGGGGGUGUUUCAAUAAAUGCUUCGGCGGCCGAUGGGAGUUGCCCCUUUUCCUCGCGGAACGCUCCCGGGAUCCCCAGCAGAGCCUCCAUGUAAUCCAGGGAAAAGCGAGSAGAGGGAAGCACGGGAGGGACGCGUCGCAGAGCGACGCAGCUCCCGCUUUUCUCCCCCGGCUCUCCGAACACCGCGGGACCUCUGGUGGAGGGAACUGAGCCACGGUGACAGACACCCCACGUCAAGAACCAGCCCUUGAAUGAACAUGGAAUCGGAGCAUUAGCAACGCACAGACCCCCCGCUUCCCUCCCUGGAUCCACCGUCUGUCUCU